AGCCAAGAGAUAAGAUCAUAAAUCCAAAGAGAGCGAGUGACAGAGAGAGAGGGAGACCGGUUCGAGUGAGGAAGUGUGGCAAAUGGCGUCAACUGCUUCGACUCUAUCAUGGAGUUCAUCCUCAUUGCUUCAAAGCUUCACUGGCAACAUAAACCAAGCAACUAAAACAGCAGACAGAGCAACAUCCUUUGUUGUUAUUGCUCAAAAGAAAGCCAAGAAAGCUCGAACGAUAAUUUUGAAGGAGGAUGUAGCUGACCUGGGAAAGCAAGGGCAACUUGUUAGUGUGAAAGCUGGUUAUUUCAGGAACUUUCUGCUACCAACAGGAAAGGCCCAGAUUGUUACUCCUUUGCUGCUCAAGGAAAUGAAAGUGGAAGAGGAAAGGAUUGAAGCUGAGAAAAAGCGGGUAAAAGAAGAGGCGCAGCAACUUGCUCUUAUAUUUGAAACUGUUGGAGGAUUCAAGGUGAAGCGCAAAGGUGGAAAAGGAAAGCUGAUUUUUGGAAGUGUCACAGCUCAAGAUCUUGUUGACAUAAUCAAGGCCCAACUUCAAAGGGAUGUCGACAAGCGAAUAGUAUCUCUUCCAGACAUUCGGGAGGUCGGAGAAUAUAUUGCUGAACUGAAGCUUCAUCCAGAAGUGAGUGCUAAAGUACGGGUGAUAGUUUCUGCUAAUUAAGGAUGAGCACCUUCGAGAGUCAUAUUUGGAAGCCGACCUGGAUGGCCAAGAUGAAGUUCUGAUGUAAUUUUGGAAGAUGUACAUGGUCAAGGUACUAUCAGCAGCACAUAUUCGAAUGUGUACCAAUCUAGGGUGGCUGUAAUGUAAUGCAAGUAGAGACGUAGAGAUCUGAUUUACCUGGUUUGUGCCAAUGUAUGUUUAUUCUUCAAUACCUGUACAUUGGUAUUGGCCUUUUGAGAACCCAUCUAU